CAUUGCUCGGCUGACUCUGUUGAGCGCUUUGUCUUCAGGGAAAAUCUCAGUAGUUUGUGACCUGACAACACUUGCCGUCAUGAAUCGGAACGCUUUGCGUAUUUUGCUUUUGACAGUGCUGUGUUCGUUUGCACGAAAUGAAACGCUCAAUCCAGCUAUUGCUGAUGAGCAGCUGCUCUGGGUUGGUGGGCAAGUCGGAGAAGUUCAUACCUACAGAAUUCCCCUGCUCACCUUCACUACUCACGGAAGUCUGCUGGCUUUUGCAGAGGCCCGGAAACUGUCUUUCAAAGACAAGGGAGCCAAGUUCAUCGCUUUGAGACGCUCCACAGACAGAGGAGUCACCUGGUCUCCUACCUCCUUCAUAGUGGAUGAUGGUGCUCUAGCAGAUGGGCUGAAUCUAGGUUCGGUUGUUGUGGAUGAAGAGACUGGUGCUGUGAUACUCAUCUACUCUGUGUGUUUUCACCGUUACCGCUGCAAGCCCUCCAGCACCAUGAUGGUGCAGAGUCUAGAUGACGGGUUCACCUGGAGCGCCCCACGAAACCUUAACCCUCAACUGGGGCUCAUGAGUUUUGCUCCUGGACCUGGCUUCGGUAUACAGAAACGUCAUCCGCCUGCUGUUGGGCGUCUGGUGGUGUGUGGCCACGGCAGCAUCAUUGGAGACGGAGUGUUUUGCAUCCUGAGUGAUGAUCAUGGAAACACUUGGAGAUACGGAGCUGAACUGAAGAGCAUUCCCUACAACCAGCGUAAAAACAACCUUGACUUUGACCCAGAUGAGUGUCAGCCAGUGGAGCUGGAUGACGGUAGCAUCAUGAUUAAUGUGCGCAACGAUAAACACUACCACUGUCACUGUCGCAUGGUUGCACGCAGUCUGGAUGGAGGAGAGUCUCUGCCGGUGGAGGAGCUGGUGUUUGAUCACACACUGGAGGAUCCUGCGGUUGCGGCUGGAGCUUUAGAGAAGGAAGGAGUGCUUUACUUCACCAACCCAGCCAAUGCUAAUAACAGAGUGAACCUCACCCUUCGCUGGUCUCUGAAUCGUGGUAAAUCAUGGGUGAAAAAUACUCUGAAGAUCUGGGCUGGGCCAAGUGGAUACUCUUGUAUGACGUCACUUAAAGGCAAUCAAACUGAGGAUCAUAAAUACAUCUAUGUCAUCUUUGAGAAAGGCCAAAAAGACUAUUUUGAGUCAGUCUCCUUUGUCAAAAUUGACCUUUACAGCGAACAGUGAAUAAAGUCACUGAUUCAUAUUAUAAAUAAAAAAGAAGCUUGAUCAAGUUGCUCAAUUUUGAAAAUAAAUAUUUAAGUGAAGAUGGCUUUCAUUAAUUGGUUAAAUUAAUUGUCUGCUUUAUCUCCAUAUUGUUUUUACAAAUAAUUUUGAAAUUAGUAUUAACUUUAGAGAAAUAUAGAAAUACAUUGGCAUGCAAGCUUGUCUGAGGUUGUAGAAUCUGAUUUUUUUAAAUAUUGUUUGGUCAUGCCUUUUAUCUAUAGUUUAUAUAGCAGUUAAAACUUAAAAUAAAUUAUAUAAAAAUAAUCUGUUCAGUGGAGAAUAAAAAAUGUGUUUUGGAGGGCCCUUCCCCAACACCCACAAAAAUUAAAUAUCACU